AGCAGGAGCAGGCUGGGCUUAGGGAUCUAUUGUUCCCUGUUUUAUUACUGCAAGAGCUCAUUCGCACUCAUUAAGUAGCCAGGGGAAUAAGAGAAACACAGAGGGAGAGGAGAGCGUGAGGAAACCUCACCCUCACUUGCUCAGGAUUACUUCUUGGAUGCGGUGGCGUGGACAAAGCAGAAAAUUCACUUGAGUGCCGCUCUCUAUCUUGUGGCCAGGCUCACAUUUUCCUCUCGAUUGCAUUGGGAACAGCAGUAUUUGCCGUGCGGUGGCCAUGGGGACGGCUGGCAGAGGUAUCAGGAUCCAAGAGGUCUUGAAAGGAGCCCCACUCCUCUCUCUCUGGACGUUAGCGCUGCUGUUUUUAUCCAUGUGGGAACUGGAUGCACAAACUGCAGUGGAAACUCGACCCAUGUACAUCUGGCGAACAGGUCCAUGGGGUCGUUGUAUGGGAAGUGAAUGUGGUCCUGGAGGCAGCCAGAGUAGAGCGGUAUGGUGUGCUCAUUCUGAAGGUUGGACCACCCUGCAUACCAACUGUGACCAAGCAGAACGACCAGACAACCAGCAGAGCUGCUUCAGGGUGUGUGACUGGCACAAAGAGCUAUAUGACUGGCAGCUGGGUGCCUGGAACCAGUGUGUCCCAGUGAUGCGCAGUGCAAGGGUGCAGCGUCCUACUACGUGCACUCAGGGAGAGGAAGGAAUUCAGACCCGUGAGGUGGGAUGUGUUCAAAAAGCAAAGGGGGAGCCUGCAGAAGAUGCAAUCUGUGAAUACUUUGAGCCCAAACCACGCCUAGAGCAGGCCUGUCUCAUCCCAUGUCCUCAGGACUGUGUGGUGUCUGAGUUUAGCCCAUGGACUCCCUGUUCUAAAACCUGCGGGAUAGGGUUACAGAACCGCAUUCGCUUUGUCCUGGCUCCACCAUUGUUUGGUGGGGCAGCCUGCCCAAAUCUGACUGAAUUUCAGACAUGCCAGCUAGGUCCCUGUCAGGGAGAAGAGAGCCUUUACAGUCUCAGGGUGGGUCCCUGGGGCCCAUGCACUGUUCCACUGCCAAGGCAGACCAGACAGGCAGACAAACCACCAAGAGAGAGUGAAAAACAACCCCGGGAAAGUGAUAAACUUUCUAAUGAGGGAGACAAACUCACCAAAGAGGGUGAAAAACCACCCAGAGGAGAUGGCAAACAGACCAGAGAGGGUGAAAAACAGUUAAAAGAAGGAGACAAACAGCCCAAAGACGGCGAAAAUCCACUUAAAUCCAAAAGAAAACUGGGCAGGGGAAACAGGAAUAGGAAAUCAGACAGGCCAUCGCUACUGGCUGAUCGGCCGAAACGACAGAAAAAAGCGAAAAACAAAGAAAAAAGAGAGAAAUUAAGAGAGAAAGUCCAAGAGAGGUUAAGGGAGAGGGGCAAAGCAAAAGAUGCUGAGACCAGAGAACUCAUCAAAAAGAAGAGAAACAAGAAUCGUCAGAAUCGCCCGGGAGGAAAGUUCUGGGACCUACAAACCGGUUUUCAGACCAGAGAAGUGACCUGUGUGCAUAAGAGCGGGGCUGUCGAAGCUCUCAGCCUAUGCUCUCAGGAGACUUUGCCAGUGACCUUCCAGGCUUGUGUGAUAACCAAAGACUGUGAUGUGACUGAAUGGUCCAAAUGGUCAGCUUGCACCAAGGAGUGCUAUGACCCCACCAGUCCCAAGGCGGUGUGGACUCGCACUAGAAAAGUGACCCAGUUCCCUGUGGGUGGAGGAAUAGAUUGUCCAGAGUUGGAGGAGAAGGAGCCCUGCACCCCCCAGAGUGACGUGGUACCACCCUGCAAUACGUACAGCUGGAAGACCACAGAAUGGACAGAGUGCAAGGUGGACAUGCUACUGAGCCAGCAGGACCGCCGACGUGGAAACCAUACAGGAAUGUGUGGAGGUGGUACUCAGACUCGGGAGGUGUACUGUGUGCAAGCCAGCACUGACACACCAUCAAACCUUAGUCCUCUCAGGAGCAAAGAAGCACUGCGGCCAGUGGACAGUAAGCUUUGUCUGGGUAUUCCUCCAAACACCACCCAACUCUGCCACAUAAGCUGUCCUGUUGAUUGUGAGGUAUCUUCGUGGAGCACGUGGGGACCCUGCACGUAUGAAAAUUGUCAAGACCAGGUAGCCAAGAAAGGCUUUAAAUUGAGGAAGAGGAGAAUCAUCAAUGAACCAACAGGUGGGACAGGAAACUGCCCCCACCUGGUGGAGGCCAUACCAUGUGAAGACCCGAGCUGCUACGACUGGCUGGUGGUUAAACUGGAGGACUGUAUCCCAGAUAAUGAGGAGAAGUGUGGACCAGGAAUCCAGAUCCCUCAGGUCCAGUGUGUCAAUAGUGACGGUGAACAUGUGGAUCGAAAACUCUGCCAGGAUGCCAUCCUUCCUAUGCCAUUUAUCUGCGAGGUGCCUUGCCCUAAGGACUGUGCCUUGAGCCCCUGGAGCUCCUGGUCUCUCUGCUCCCACACCUGCUCUGGAAAGAACACAGAGGGCAAACAGACCAGAACUCGUUCCAUCCUCGCCUAUAAUGCAGGAGAAGGUGGAGUCCAGUGUCCAAACAUCAGUGCUCUGCAGGAGGUGAGAAGGUGCAAUGACCAUCCCUGUACUGUCUACCACUGGCAAACUGGUCCAUGGGGACAAUGCAUCGAGGACUCUUUCAUUCCAUCAACCAACACAUCUGUGGGCCGUACUCGUGGAGAUGAUGUCUCCUGUUCUGUGGGGAUGCAAACCCGCAAAGUCAUUUGUGUCCGGGUGAAUGUGGGCCAGGUUCCUCCCAAAAAGUGUCCGGAGAGUGUUCGUCCAGACACUGUCAGGCCAUGUUUGCUGCCAUGCAAGAGAGACUGUAUUGUCACCCCAUACAGUGAUUGGAGCCCCUGUCCAUCAACGUGUCAGACAGGCGGUAACACUAAAAAGAAGCAAUACAGGAAACGGCUCAUCAUCCAGUUGCCAGCUAACGGAGGACAGGACUGCCCUGAGGUACUGACCCAGGAAAGAGAUUGUGAGACUCCCUCUGUCUGUGAGGGAUACAGAUGGAAAACUCAUAAGUGGCGAAGAUGUCAAUUGGUUCCAUGGUCUGUUCGGGAGGGCAGUCCUGGGAAUCAGGAGCUCUGUGGGCUAGGUCUGCAGGUUCGAGCUGGAGAAGGAUACCAGGAUACUUUCUACUGUGCAGUGAUAGUAGGACACAAACAGUUUCUCAGGGAUGUUAUUCUUUCUGAGAACCCUCAGAAAGUAGAGUCUCUUGUGGGCUUUCUUCACUACCUCAGCGGUGUGCGUUCCCUUGAUCGGGUCUGGUGCAUGCUGAACACUAUAGACGGGCCCUCUGAACAGGUGGAGGACUAUUUGUGUGACCCAGAGGAAAUGCCUUUAGGGGCCCGCAAGAGCCACCUGCCCUGCCCGGAAGACUGUGUGUUGUCAGACUGGGGAGCUUGGAGCCCAUGUCCACUGCCAUGUAGUGAGAACAGCACCCGGGAGAGGAGUGCUUACCCGCUCCGACAGCCAGGAGAAAAGAAGGAGUGUCCACCGACUGAAGAGACAGAGCCAUGCAAACUCAACAGGAACUGCUUUCACUACACCUACAACAUCACUGAAUGGAGUACCUGUCAGCUCAGUGACAAAGCAGUGUGUGGAAAUGGAUUCAAAACCCGCAUGCUGGACUGUGUGCGUAGUGAUGGUAAAUCUGUAGACCUCGUCUUCUGCAAAGAGCUUGGUCUGGAGAGAAAGUGGCAAAUGAAUGCAUCCUGUGUUGUGGAGUGUCCUGUUAAUUGCCAGCUGUCUGACUGGUCACCAUGGUCUGGCUGUAGUCACACAUGUGGACUGGCAGGCAAACUGUGGAGAAGACGGACAGUGGUCCAAGCUCCGCAGGGUGAUGGGAGGCCAUGUCCAUCCCAAAUGGAACAGUGGAAGCCCUGCCUGGUGAAGCCCUGCUACAGGUGGAGAUACAGCGCCUGGUCUGAGUGCAAAUCUGAGGGAGCGAGGUGUGGAGAAGGUCUGAGAUUCAGGAAUGUGUCGUGCUUUGUGUCAGACGGUUCAGGUCGACAGGAUGGUAGUGCGGUGGACGAUGAACUGUGUGGAGAUCUGGAGCCCUCAGUAGAAGGAAACACACAAAUAGUUCUGCAGGAACCCUGUACUGUACCCUGUCCAGGAGAGUGCUACUUGACAGACUGGACUGUUUGGAGUUCAUGCCAGCUAAGCUGCAUAAAUGGAGCUGACCUGGGCUUCGGUUCAGUCCAAGUUCGAUCCAGAGCCGUGGUGGCCCAGGAUCCAGAGAACCUGCUGCAGUGUCCAGAACAAGAGCUUGAAGCACGACCGUGUACAGACGGUGAAUGUUUUGAUUACAAGUGGAAAUCUGGACCGUGGAGAGGCUCGUCUCGGCACGUCUGGUGUGAGCGUUCAGAUGGUCUCAAUGUCACAGGUGGAUGCCUUACAACAGCCAAACCAAAGGCAGACCGAUCGUGUAACCCACCAUGCACCAAGCCACAGUCCCUGUGCACAGAGGCGGGUGUGUGCGGCUGUGAAGAUGGCUACACUGAAGUGAUGACAUCUGAUGGCUUGCUGGACCAGUGCACUGUCAUUCCAGUGCUAGAGAUCCCCACUGCAGGUGACAACAAGGCUGACGUUAAGACGAUCCGAGGCUUCAACCCCACUCAACCUGCAGCCAGCUCACCAGGCAGGGCAGGACGCACCUGGUUCCUGCAGCCCUUUGGUCCAGAUGGGAAGCUGAAAACCUGGGUGUAUGGAGUAGCAGCAGGAGCAUUUGUGCUGCUUGUCUUUAUAAUCUCCAUGACAUACUUAGCAUGCAAAAAGCCAAAGAAGCCACAGAGACGCCAGAUGAACAACAGACUGAAGCCUUUGACUCUGGCUUACGACGGAGAUGCAGACAUGUAGAAGUCUUCCUGCUCAACGUACAAACAUUUGUCUUCUUUCAGAACUUACGGCAUCGCCGUGGAAACCCUUUGAUAUCAGCGCCAAUGCUGAGACUCGUUCACAUGCAAAAGAAGAACCUCAAAGAUCAAGACUGACCACAUUCAUUAGCAGCCUAGUUUUCCCCAUCUGUUUUUAAAUGUUCAUUUUGGCAUUUAUUUCACAAGAGCCUUCAUGGAUUCUUUGUUUCCUGCUGAAAGUCCUGCUUUGCUUCUUUGCCAUCUACCACUGCCCAAAAUAUUCAAACAACAGUCACUGAAUAGUGUCUCCGCAGAACAAAUACUUCUGUGAAAAUCAUUCCCUCAUUUUUUUCACUGCUCAGUGACAUUGCCUUGAUAUCACUUGUUCUGUGUCAAAUGAACAUUCGGAGGCCUGAGUGUCAUUAUGGCUUUGGUGCAUCUCACAAGAAACAAUAUGACGAGGAGACAAAAAGCAGCUUAAUAAAUCCCAGAGACAGCAUCACUUCUGCCUGCCUGUCCCUUCUCCAUUUUUCAGGGAUAAUUUUGCACUAUAUUAGUGCAGCAUGAUAUGUACUUAGGUCUAGGUAUGCCUGUCUCAAUACAGAUGUUGUAGAAAUGUACAGAAGAAGGCUUUUUUGCAAAAACUCACCAAUGUUUGUAAUUAUUUUUCUUCUAUUGCCUCUUUUUACAUGAUUUGAUGGGACUUUGUGUAAAUAGGAUUUUUUUAACGUGGUCUCAACUUUAUCUUUCUAUUAUGUCUAGCUAAAUGUUCCAACCUCUGCCAGUUAAUCUCUGACAUUUUUUUUUAC